UUGACAGCUAUUAAAAAUUAGCGCGGGGCUUGUUUUGGCAAAACUUUAAAAAUUAGAAACCUAGAAAUAGAUAUUUAAACGAAAAUAUGCUAUUUAAAGUUGAAUCAAAUGUAUCUGAUAAUGAAACGAAGAAAUUUGAAGUCCAAGAAAUAGAGCGACCUACGAUUGAGCAUACCGAUACGUCGAAAAGGUUUUAUAAUGUUUCCCGUGAUUUUUCAAAACAAUAUGCUCACAUUUACUCCGCUAGACUAAAUACUUUUAGAAAUAUACUACAGCCUAUUAUAAAUAAGAGGUGGGGUAAUAAAUACAAGAUUUUAAAGCUAUGCGACUUGAGAGACAAAGGUACAACGUGUGUUAUAAUAGGUACCCUAUUCAAACUUCAAGAAUUAAAACCAAGUAUAUUGAAGGAGCUUUCUGAUCAGCUUGAGAUUAUACCACAACCUGCAAGGACCCACUUUGUCCACGAGACAGACAGUUUAGUGUUGGAGGAUGAGUUGCAAAGAGUAAAGUUAUCUGGGGAUUGUGUUGAUGUAAAUGAAGUUGUAACUGGUGUUGUUGCUGCUUUACUAGGAUCUGAGGAUGACAAUGGUGUUUUUACAAUCAAAGAUGUAUGCUGGGCUGGAUGUAGCAUACAAAAACCAUUGCCAGUAUUAACUAGUGAUAGAUACAUAGUUUUGAUGUCAGGUCUAAACCUAGCCUCAAAGAGUGGAGACCAUUUGUUUGCCUUGAGUCUUUUCACAGAGUGGCUAUCAGGUUUUUGUGGCACAUCAGAAUAUCAAGAGGAAGUCUCCAAGAUUAUUAGAGUUAUAAUUGCAGGUGGAAUGUAUGCAAAUUAUUCAGAUGAGACCACACUUAGUGAAUCAGACGUGAUAGCGGCGUCAGAUGUUGUGGACUCGUUUGCGGCUGCUGUCAGCGCUGUUACGCCACUAGACCUCAUGCCUGGCUGCAAAGACCCUACUGGUAUCAUGCUGCCACAGAAGCCAUUCCAUUAUUGUUUAUUUCCAAAAGCCAUAGAAUACAAAUCGUUCAACAGAGUUGCUAAUCCUUAUGAAUGUGAUAUUGGGGGUUUUGUAUGUUUGGGUACAUCAGGUGAACCUAUAAAAGAUAUAAAGAGAUAUAGCAAUAUAGAUUCUGAUUUAAAUGCAAUGAAGAAAACUCUGCAAUGGCGUCAUGUAGCACCCACAUGCCCUGAUACAGUACCAAGCACACCAUGUUUGGAUACAGAUCCGUUUACCAUGUACAACUGUCCCGCAGUAUAUUAUAGCGGUAACUGCAAUGGAUUUGCUACAGAUUUGUUUAAAGGAGAUGAAGGACAAACUAUUAGAAUAGUAUGCAUUCCUGAUUUUUGCUCAUCAAAGACAGUGGCUUUGGUUAAUCUUGCAAACUUAGAAUGUUAUAGCAUGACAUUUGCCUCAUUAUAAAUGAUAUACCUAAAUGUUGUAUUUUC